AUGGCACUGAGCCCCUGCGCCGCUGAGGUGGGGGUCCGCGACAAGGUGCUGCGGGCGGCUAGCGUCUCCACCGGCCCCUCCCUGGAGCUAUUCACCUUCCCCUCCUCCCUGGGUUCCUCGGUUGCGUCGGCCGCGCUGGAGCAGCUCUUUGUAGUAGAAAAAUCGCUGAAAAGUGACUGUUUUAAAUGCAAUGAAGACGCUAGGACCUUUCUGAUGGACAUUGCUGUAGCUGUUAAGAAAUUGGAAGAAAUGAGAAAGUCCACAAUUGAUCUUCUAGAAAUUGAAUCCAUGGAACUCAGCAGGCUGUAUUUUCUAUUGGAAACUCUUCCCAGUUGCUUUAACAUGGAACUGGAAGAAUGCGUCAGAGAUGCUCGGAAAUUAAAUCUUUUUGAAAUAAGUGAAUUACAUAUGAAAAUUACACGGAUUGAUUCUGAAAUAGAGUCUCUGAGGAAGAGAACACUUGAGCUGAAAGAAAAUAAUGAAGCUCUGGGUAAAAAGCAAGAGGGAUUAAUGAAGCAGCAUGAAAAGUUUAUCGUGUCACUCAAUCACAUGAUGGAAAAAAAAGCCGCUGCCACUAUUUACAUAAAUGAUACUUAUACCAAGAUAAGCUUGGAGAAAGAAGAAAUCGAAUUGCAAAAAAAAUGCCUUGAAGAGGCAAGGGAGAAAAUGGAAAAAGAUAGAGAAGAAUAUUUGUUAAGAAAAAAAAAACUGAGUAUACAGAUUGAUGAAUUAAAAAAAGCCCAUGAACAUAAAAGAUUGGAGACUUUUUCGAAGAAGAAAGAAUUGAAUAAAUUAACUAUAGAAAUGUCAAAACUGAAACAAACAGUUACUAGCAGCACAGUGGUUCUAAGUGAUCACAGUUUAGAGAUAGCACAACUACAUGAAUCAAUAAAGGAAUGGGAAACAAAGGUAGAAGAAUUGAAGAAAGUCUGUAAGAUAUUGGAGGAUAAAAUACAUUUUUUUGAGAAUCAUAAGGAAAAACUAAAUGAUAUAUCUGGUUAUGAAAAAGAUGAAUUCCUGCAGAAGAUAAAACAGAUGGCUGAAAAACUGAACAAAGGUCGUUCAGAGAAUAAAGAGCUACGAGAGAAACUAACUACUCUUGCCAGACAAUUUAAGAUCGUCCUAGGUGAAGAGGAUGAGAUGUUUUUUAGGAAAAGAAAAAUCCAUGAUGAAAAUCAGAGACAAUUGGAAUUUAUUGCUCAGAAAGAAAACUUCCUAGCACAAAGAAAAGUAGACAUCAAAAAUAUGGAAGAAGGACUCAUCACCCUACAAGAGCUUCAUCGAGCAACGCAGCAAGUAUACCGGAAACAAAUAAGAAUUCUGGGUGAUAACCUGGAAAGAGAAAGUCAGAGAUGUAUUAUAGCUCAGUGGAAAAUAGCUUGUUUGCUAAAAAAGCAUGCACGUUGGGUGCUCAUGACAAAGGCUGAUAUACAAGAAAUUAUCAAUAAAAUUGAGGUUGCAGAACAAAGAAAAAUUCAAUUAUAUGAAGAGACCACUUCUAGAGAAAAAGAAAUCAAUGAAUUUGUGGCACAGAUUGAAAAACUUACAACAGAAUUAAAAGAAGAGGAGCAGGAAUUUGUUUACAAAGAAAAACACUUAAUUGAAGAGUUAAGCAGCUAUGAGGAUAAAUUUGUUAAGGAAGUGAAAAUGAACAAAGAAAAGGAAGAAGAGCUAGACGAGUGUCUUCCACAACUUCAUGUGGCAGAAGAAGCAUUUGUGGAAAAACACAGAAGAUUUGAAGAGCUUGUAAAUAUUGUUACAGAACAAAAGCAUGAGGAGACUUUACUAAACAAUAACAUUGCUCAGUUUAAAAGAGAUUUUUCGAGAUACAUUCGCCACACGGAUAAACUGAAGCAAGAAUUAAAACAUUUACGAGAUCAAGAAAGCAUUAAAAUCAAAGAUCAUUUUGAAAUUCUAAAGAACUUGGAAAAUGAAAUCUAUGCACAUGACCAAAAAGCAGAACUUUUGCUCAUGGAAAAUAAAAGAUUAAAAGCAUAUAUUUCAUACCUGAAGAAAAAGACAGAAGAAUACACAAAAGGAGAAAAAGGCCUCAUCCACGCCUCAAGUGACCUGUCUUGGGAUUUGAUAGUUAGGCAGACACAAUACGUGGACUUGUGGGAGAAAUUUCAAAUCUCAGCUAAGGAGUUGGUGAAUAAUUGUAAAGAGAUAAUGCAAGACAUAAACAGUCUAAUAGAAAAGCUAUCUGAAAGAGAUAAAAAAAUGGAGCGUAUCAGUACUUGGCUACAAGGGAAUCUUGAUGAGCUGUGCUCUCUUAUAGAAAACGAUUCACCAGGGAACCUCGGUAAGCAACAUCUCAAAACUUUCGGUAAUGUAAAACUUCCUGCCAUUUUAUGGUAGCUGGUGACAUCAAAAGAAGAAGAAGAAGAAGAAAAUCCAACUAACUGGCUUACAAAUCCAUUGACAAUAACGUUACAAACAUGCAACUAAACACUAAUGCUCAUCUGCAGGGUUGAGUAUGGCUAAUUCUCCCCUUCCACCUAAGUGAGCUUUCUAGGUAA